CCAGCCACCAUGAACCGCCUGCACUUCCCCAAAAGGGCCGCGCUAGGUUCUCCUCCAGGGCCCCUGGCGGGAAGCCCCACACCCCACCCUGGCCUCUGGCUAAAUCCCCAGCCUCCCUUUGCAUUCAGCCAGAAGGGGGGACCAUUUCUUCCAGCAGGAGCAGAAUGUGCGUCCCCCAAAGGUCUCGAUCACCAGCUCCUGAGGACAGGCCGGGGCCAUCACUGCCCACCCGCAGUUCCCAGCCUGCCAGGGCCGCCUCGCCACCCGCGCUCCUGAAUCCGCCACCAACUGUAACAAAAAGGAAAAUGAAACCCACCGUACACCUGGCAGUGCCUGACCCCCUUCCUGGUGGCUCCAUGGUGGGCAAACGAGUGACAUGCCACAGGGGCCUGAAGUCCAGGCCAGGUCCCGCCCCGGCUCACGAACUGCUGGAACAGCAUGGAGACCGGAAGGGCGCGCUGCCAAGCCACGGCCGCCUGUCAUCAUCCGGUCUCUGCCUCCAUGCUGCCCACCGCCCAGAAGAGCAGUCGGAAGCCACUAAGCCCUUCCAAGCCCAGCCUCGCCCCCAGUUCCUACAUCUGAGCCCAGUUAGGGCUUUUCAGUCUUUUGUUGGCAUGGGGGAACCCCGAAGCAUGCCAGGCACCCCAACUUGGAGCACCGAGGCAGAGGCACCUGCCUAUAACACACACACCAGCAACCACAGCAAACCACAAGCAUCGCUGCGGCUUCCUGUCUCCGCUCUGCAACACAGGAUGCCUGCGGCCCCCGGGAUUCAUGGUGUGUUUCCACCAGACCAGACUGGCCCUCAAUUUACUAGACGCGCGCUAGUUCCAAAAAGCAAAGACGAGAAGCAUUUCGCUUCGGAACUUGCGGCCAGUCCAUCACUUCAGGCCUGUGUUCUUCCGAUUCCGGGAGCAUAAAUGUCACCCCCUAAAAGGCUGUAGCAGUCCAGAACAUUCCACCUAUUUGCCAUUCCGCGAGAGACGUCUUUCGCUCUUCUUUCUGAUCUCAACCCAUACAUGACCUGCUGUGAGCCCUUCUCUACUUGCUGGCACUUUCCACGUUUCCUUCAGGGACACAGGGCUCUGUUUACUUAUCACAAGGGACUCCGCAUUCCCCGAAAGCAAGAAGCUUGGCCGGGGACGCCUGGGGGCUCAGCCGGUUAAGCGCCGACUCUCACGGUUUGUGAGUUCUGGGA